CCAACAUCACUAACUCAAGGAGCACUCGAAGCUCCAACAACCAACAUCGGCAUCAUCGUUCGUACUUGAACAUGCAACAAAAUUCUAGGCAGAAGGCUAUCAAUAACAAGUCGCAACCUCAAUCGAUCCAUCUGAUAUACCUUCCAAAAAUAAGUAGAGCAGCUAUUUUCAGUGCGCUCUGCGCCUUGCUUGCGGCUUUGAUCAUGGCCAAGCCCGCUCUAGGAGAACAAUUCACUACAACGAGUACUGAAGUUGCGAGUCAAACACAUACCCCUUUUCGUCUACAUUGCCCAGCACCAGACCGAGACGUCAUUCCAGGCGUCUUCACCAUCAUGUUCAAACCAGGCUAUACCAUCGAACAACACGCCGCCGUCAUCUUCGAAUCUACCAACGAAGAUAUCCAGCGUUACAUUCACCACAACCUCUCUUUCCCAGAUUCAACCGCGUAUUUCGGCAAACACCUCUAUUCGCCACUUCUUCUUCACGCCAUCCGAUCAGAUCCCGGUGUGGAGAGCGUCGAAUGCGACCGUAGGGUAAAGAUCCUCGGACGUUACGCACCGCUGAGGAAUUGUCCUCUUUUGCCUCCAAGACCGAGCUCGUUUAAUAGCUAUUAUCUGGUCUACCUCGAGGCUAAUUAUUCGCUUGAGGAACACGCUGAAAGAUUCAAAGUAGAUAUCUUUCCUCGUAUCGUCGAUAUGAUGGCUCUGCGUGUAUCAUGUCCUGAUAAGAUUGUUUAUCUGGGGAAGGAUAUCGAUGAAUAUCUGCUGAACAAGAUCCGAGCCGAUAGACGGGUGGAGGAGGUGUACUGUGAUGGUGGUCUACGCAGAUCGGGGUUGAGUUCUCGUCAUGAUCAGUUCCCUGAUCGUAGUCAUAUGAAUGUCAAUUGGAGUCCGCAUUUGAGGCUUGUUGAUAAGGACACGUGGGAAAACUUUGGGGGUGAGUCGAUGAGAAUAUAAAGUGGUACAGUUCUCUGUAAAUCACAGAGGUCGGUGUAAAGAGAGAACGGACGUGGAUAAAGUCGUAUGGUAAUCGUAUUGGGUUGUCAAGUUUGCUUCGAGUGAGUGGCGUGAUGCGAGCUAGGAGGGGAUGGACGGCACCCCUACGGGAGCAACGACUCGUUAUACAACGACUUAAGGUUCGUA